AAAAUUUCACGAAGAAAGUUCACACAAACUUGCCUUGUUUUCGAAGAUCAAGUUGUCAAAGUUUCGGUAAAAAUCAUAUACAUGGUGAUUAAAAAAAUGAUACUUUUAACUCCAAACAUGUUUUUAUGACCAUGUUUUCAUUAAAUAUGAUGAUUAAUAACCCUCUGAAAUUUUCAUAUUCAUUCAUUCACACCCUGUAAAACGUGAAUACUACAUGAAUAAAUUUUUUAAUAAAACAAUUUUGAUACCUAGUUACGAAUACUCCAUGAACCAUAACAAUCACCUCUGUAUAUACUGUCUAUAUACUAGUCGAUGAAAUUACUAUUAUCAAUAAUAGCAUAGAAUACAGAGAUCCAAACUACCGCAUUUCCGGUAACGUUUAAUUUCUGUCAAGGAUAUAUCUCGAUGUAAAUGCAAAAAUCGGUACCACAAUCAUCAACGUGAAAAAAUCAUCCAGCACAUCUUUGGUUCUUAUUUUUCAUUAAUAUGAUAUUUACAAAAAUCGGUAGAUGUGCUUUACUUUUUCAGUUGAUCCAUUUUUUCGUUGCAAUCAAUGCCCAAGAUUACGCCUGUCCACCUAGUAAUUCUGAUACUCCAUUGGGAAAGUUGAAGGACAGUGUGUUAUGCAACUAUGACACGUCAGUGAGACCAGUAGCUAACCACGAGAAGGCCAUGAAUGUGAGCUUUAGACUCGUUCUCAAGUACUUCACUUAUGAUCCAAUCAGUAGUAUGCUGAGUUUGGAUGCUUGGUUGACAGUGACUUGGAAAGAUGACCAUUUGACGUGGAAACCUGAGCAAUACCAAAAUAUCAAAAACCUGCAUCUGCAUACCAGUUCUAUAUGGACACCAGAUUUAUCAGUGUAUAAUAUGGCAAACCAAGGGGAAGACCCCGAGGUGAUAGGCAGCGCCAAAUGCCUGGUCACCUACAAGGGGGUAGUUUUGUGUGUCCCCCCUAUUCAUAUAGACGCCCUGUGUGUCGCAGAUUUGUCGCACUACCCCUUUGACACCCAGAAUUGCAGCUUGCAAAUGGGGUCCUGGGUGCACAAAGGAGAAGAGCUCAACAUCAAGUUGAUGAAAAAUGUGGUGAAUAUGGAUGAUCUGAUACACAAUGGCGAAUGGAAAAUUUCUUCGUACUCGUCAGUAAGGAACAGCGGAAAAUACGCUUGUUGUCCCAACGACACUUACCCAUCGAUAGAAAUCAGCUUCAAAGUCAAGAGGUUGUCAGGAAGCCAUGCUGCUGGAAUUGUCAUUCCAAUUCUGGCUGAUUUGAUCCUCUCCUUCGUCUUCUUGUCUCUAUCACCUCUCAAUAAAGAGAGACUGGUUCUCUCUUACGUCACUCUUUUAGCUCAAUUCAUCCAUGUGCAGUUUUUGACUUGGCAGAUACCUUUGAAAGGAGACAACAUACCUCUGUUACUUACGUUCAGUAGGGAUUCGAUUUUGAUGACGGUGUUCGCAAUAUUGUUCACAUUGCUGUUCAGGGAUUUCAUGCAGAGGAAAACCACCCCACCAGCUUGGAUUUCUAGUAUAGUGUCUGGUGUUAUUUCUUGUAGACCUGGACAGAUCAUUCUGCUCAGUGACUAUUCCACAAGGGGUGUUGCUUCUGCAAAGAAGGAAGAAGAUGGCACCACUAUCGUUUCUUCAGAUACUAAUGCUAGCACGAACAAUCAGGAUUGGGUACUUUUCGGGAACAUUUUGGACAAAAUUUUGUUGAUCCUUUACGUUAUUAUAUACUUCACCAUGAUGAUUGCUUUUAUACCAUAA